AUAUAGACCCAGCAAUCAGGAUUGUUGUCGGAAGAAGUCGUUAACCAGGUUGAUCAGAUCGUUUCUGAGAUAUAGAGAAAUAUCCUAGCGCCGUCAGUUAGUCCAAUUGAAGCAAACAGGAGAGAACUUUGUGCUUGAUUUCACCCGUCUAGAUCGAGAUUUUGAACCCCCAGUAAGGAAACCCUCCAUACAAAUCACAAUAAGGGGGUGCGUUGCCGACAUGUCUUCACAGGCGCUUCCCUUUCUGACAAAGGCGCUAUACGCUUAUAAGUCUGAUUAUGAAGAUGAUCUGAACUUCGAGGCUGGCCAAUUGGUGAAGGUUACCGGUAUCGAGGAUGAUGAGUGGUUCAGUGGUGAGUAUACCGAUGAUAACGGACAGGUGCGUCAGGGUAUGUUCCCAAAGAACUUUGUGGGUGAGCCGAUUGAGGAGACUACGUCAAAAAGCCCUGCUGCUUCCAGUGCUCUAGAGGUUGAAGCUGAUCAGGAGAAUGAGGAGGAGGAACCAGAGGAGAAGGCAGCGCCUCAACAGGGGCUAGCCGCUGUUUCCAGAGGAGAAUCCGAAUCAGUUCAUCAUACUGAAGAGUCUGAACCAAAGAAACUGCAAUCAAAGGCUACAACCUUUAGCUCUGACUCCGGUAUUCCUCUGCCAACGGCAAAGAUCGCAGAGCAGACUUACGCUAAGAAGUCCUACCAAGGUGUUCCAUCUUCCUAUGUUCCACCGCCCCUCAACAAGAAGGAGACAAGAACAUUCACGAGUGAUCUGCACCAUUCGUCGUAUGUUCCUCCACCAUUGGGCUUGAAUAAGCCAAAGACUGAAACAUUUGAUGUUCCGGCACCGCCUCCCGUUGUUUCCUCACAGGAUGAACCCGAGGAAGAGCAAGGCCCAAAACUCAGUCUCAAGGAGAGAAUUGCACUGCUACAAAAGCAACAGGCUGAGGAGGCUGAGAGACAAGCUGCUGCUUUGAGAAAGAAAGCUGAAAGAGCUGAAGAGUCAAAGAAGUCUGAACUUGCAAGAAAGGCAUCUAUUGCCUCCGCAACGUCUGAAGUACGUUCCCUUGGUUCUGGUGUUUCACAUGCACGCGCAAUUGAAGCCGAAGAUGUUGAUUCUGAUGAAUUCCAUGAGGCACAGGAAGAUUUUGAGGAGGAUGAGAGGGACAUUUCGACAGAAGGAGCAUCUCAUGUUGCAGAGAUAAAUCCUGCUCAAGAGAUAACUGAUGCUCAGCCAGUCAGUAUCACAGGAGGUGAGCGUGAACAAGAAGAGGAAGAAGAAGAGGAAGAAGCAAAAGACGAAGAAGAAGAAGAGGAGGAGGAGGAAGAGGAUAGUGAGGAGGCCAGAAGAGCUGCUCUUAGGGACAGAAUGGCCCGUCUUGCAGGUGCAGGUGGUAUGUACGGUGCAGGGUUUAACCCAUUUGGUGGUGUUCCAAGUGGGCCUCGUAAGUCUGCUACACAUUCUAAGAAGGUCAAGGAAGAGAAAGAGGAAACCUACGAUAUGCCAGCUGCAAUUCCAAUCAUGCCAUUUGCAACAGGUUCCGCACCCCAACUUCCUGAGGCUCUCCAGAAGUCCUCUGAGAAAGAUGUUGAACUAAGUACACCUGAUGCUGCUACUGAUGAUAUUUCUGGUGAGCAGAAACAGGAACAAAGUGCUGACAGUU